AUGGAACUUGGGGAACAGAGACAGAGAGGUUUGAACAUGAUAAUCAUAGUCUCCAGCAUUUAUAGGAUUUUAUGCAUAGAUUCAAUAUGGCAGACUGUUCUUGUUGUCAUGGCAAUUGAUGGACUUGAUCAGAGUAGCUCUUUGCCCAAUAGCGAUGGCACUGGAUUUAGAAAGUCUUCUCAAUAUUUGGCUCCUCUCCAUCAUGAAAUUUAUUAUCCUCCCUCUGAUCUUCCUCCUUUGGAUUCACAUUCUCAUCAUGGAUUAUCUGUGUAUGGUAGAGAUCCAUCCCUCGGGGGAAGCGUUGGUGGAAACCCGCCACUAACAGUUGUUAUCACACAGGUGGCUGUGUUUGUAGAACAGUUUCAAGUUACUGAAGUAUUUCAUCAAGAAAAUUACAACCACUUUUUCUUUAGUAAGGUAAAACUAUAUGAAAAGUUAAGUGUACAACUAUUGGAAGUUUGUGGGAUUGUUUUGCGGGUGACUCGGCACGUGCAAAUUCCACUUUCAUAUGCAGAUGCAAUCAUUGGCAUCGCUGGUUCCAAUAUUAGCUACAUGCGCAGGACUAGUGGAGCAACAAUAGUUAUCCAAUAAAAGGGAGUUCCUAGUGAAAUGACAGUUGAAAUAAAUGGAACUGCUACACAAGUCCAAACUGCCCAACAAUUGAUACAAGUUUAA